CAGGGGCGGAGCCGGCAGCGCCUGCGCCCGGCAGCACCUGGCUCAGGUGAGCGCGCCGCGGAGCCGAGCCGCAGCCCAGGUGAGGAGCGCCCGAGCGGUGAGUGUCGCGGGAGGGGGGCGAAAACGCCGAGAAGGAAGCUUCCCCCUCCCGACCCGUCUCUUGCAGAUAAUGGCGUUACAUCCACGGAGAGUUCGAUUGAAACCCUGGCUGGUAGCUCAGGUGGACAGUGGUAUGUAUCCUGGUCUCAUAUGGCUCAACAGGGUUGCAAAGCGAUUUCAGAUCCCUUGGAAGCAUGCAACUCGGCACAGCCCUCAACAUGAAGAGGAGAACACAAUUUUUAAGGCCUGGGCUGUGGAAACAGGAAAGUAUCAGGAAGGAGUUGAUGAUCCUGACCCUGCGAAAUGGAAAGCCCAGCUCCGGUGUGCUCUCAAUAAAAGCCGGGAAUUCAACCUGAUGUACGAUGGCACCAAAGAGGUGCCGAUGAAUCCUAUAAAAAUUUAUGAGGUGUGUGACAUUCCACAAUCCCAGGGAGCAAUAAUUAAUCCAGGUUCUACUGGUUCAGCUCCAUGGGAUGAGAAGGAUAAUGAGCUUGAUGAUGAAGAUGAGGAUGAAUUAAACCAGCCUCAAUCUCAUGUAGCUAUUCAGGAUACCUUUCCGUUUCUUAAUAUCAAUGAUUCCCCAAUGGCACCCACCAGUGUGGAGACCUGCAGCCCUGAAGCUGCAUGGCCAAAGAAUGAACCUGAAGACAUAGAGAUGCCUAUGCCUCCUCCGGUUAUGCCCCAUGAUAUGUUCAGCUCUCCUGAAGUCUGGAUUAAUUCUCUUCCAAUGACAGACCUUGAAAUCAAGUUUGAGUAUCGAGGCAAAGAGUUUGGGCCAACAAUGACUGUGAGCAACCCCCAGGGCUGCAGACUUUUCUAUGGAGAACUGGGUCCAAUGCCAGAUCAAGAAGAACUCUUUGGUCCUAUUAAUUUGGAGCAAGUAAAGUUUCCAGGACCGGAACAGAUCACCAAUGAAAAGCAAAAGCUCUUCACAAGCCGUCUUCUUGAUGUCAUGGACAGGGGGCUGAUCCUGGAAGUCAGUGGCCAUGCUAUUUAUGCUAUCAGGCUUUGCCAGUGCAAAGUGUAUUGGUCUGGACCAUGUGCACCUUCUGGCACCACACCAAACUUGAUUGAAAGACAAAAAAAAGUCAAGGUGUUCUGCUUGGAAACAUUCUUGAGUGAACUGAUUGCUCAUCAGAAAGGACAGAUUGCUAAACAACCCCCAUUUGAGAUCUACUUUUGUUUUGGGGAAGAAUGGCCAGAUGGAAAAUCCAAAGACCGAAAACUGAUUGUUGUUCAGGUAAUUCCAGUUGUAGCUCGCAUAAUCUAUGAGAUGUUCUCUGGUGACUUCACCCGCUCCUUUGACAGUGGCAGUGUACGGCUUGAGAUUUCUACCCCUGAUAUCAAGGACAACAUAGUUGCUCAGCUGAAGCAACUCUACCGCCUCUUGCAAAAUCACAAUGAAGGCUGGCCAAUGCAGCCACCAAGCAUGGAGAUGGCCCCACCCCUUGCAGCACAGUGAUGACCUGGUUUUACCUAAAUGAGGAAUUAUCUGGAUUAAUGGAUUGUGUGUUUUUAUUUCAAUUAAUUUUAAAUGUCUUUUGAGUAAGUGCAACAGGAAUGUAUUAUGUACAACAUAAUCUGUUUGAAAUUUAUACUUUGCAAAAACUGCUCUGGAUUAAUGCAUGUAGACAAGAACAUCAUUUUUCUCUUCAAUUA